GGAGCCAGAGAGCCGAUAUAAAACCAAACAGCAACAAACUUCGAGCGGUUUUUUUCGUCGACGCGGUAGAAGCGGGUUUAUUUAUUUUAAAGUAGUUAUUUUUGCGCGGAAACUCGAUCAACAGCAGGAAAAGCUUGUUCAAAGUGAAGAGUUUAAACCACGAUGGAUUUUAUCACCUGCGACUAAAAGCUUCCAAAAAAUGUUGAGAACCGAGCCGCGGAGCGACAAGUGAAAGAUGACGUCACAGGACAAAAUGGAACCCUUCUCGAGCCGGUUCCGCUGUGGUUCCCUGCUUGGCAGUGGCGGUUUUGGUUCUGUAUUCUCUGGUCAGAGGCUUUCUGAUGGACUGCAGGUUGCCAUCAAACAGAUUUCCAGUGAUGGAGUUCAUCAGUGGGCGGGACUGCCUGGUGAAGUCGGUGCUGUUCCCAUGGAGAUCGCCCUGCUGCAGCGGCUGUCAGAGGUCGGAGGUCAUCCCGGGGUCGUCCGGAUGCUGGAGUGGUUUGAAACCAGUGGGAGGGGAUUCCUGCUGAUGAUGGAGCGGCCACCACAGUGUCAGGAUCUAUUUGACUUCAUCACAGAGCGCGGCGUGCUGCCAGAAGGCCUCGCCCUCAGGUUUUUCCGUCAGAUCGUGGAGGCGCUACAGUUUAUGCACAAUUAUGGUGUCGUCCACAGAGAUAUCAAAGACGAGAACAUUGUCGUGGACACGAAGACACUCAAAGUCAUCAUUGUCGACUUUGGAUCGGGAGGGGCACUCAAAGAGACACCGUACACAGAAUUUCAAGGUACUCGGGUCUACAGUCCUCCCGAGUGGAUCUUGUCUCACUCGUACCAUGCUGUCCCUCUCACUGUCUGGUCUCUGGGUGUGCUGCUCUUUGACAUGGUGUGUGGGGACGUCCCGUUCGAAUGCGAUGAGGACAUUGUCCAGGCGAAGCCUGUGUUCACUCGGCGUGUCUCUAAAGAAUGCCAGUGUUUGAUUCGCUGGUGUCUGUCCUACCGGCCUGAGGACCGGCCCACCCUCGAACAGAUCCUGUCCCACCCUUGGAUGGGAGGCGGAGAAAUGAAUGAUGAUGAGGAACCCAGCUCUCUGCCCAGCCAGUCCCUUUAAUGUGACCCCGAGUCUACAGGUCUCAGCCCAGCCAGUCCCUUUAACGUGACCCCGAGUGUACAGGUCUCUGCCCAGCCAGUCCCUUUAACGUGACCCCGAGUCUACAGCUCUCUGCCCAGCCAGUUCCUUUAACGUGACCCCGAGUCUACAGCUCUCUGCCCAGCCAGUUUCUUUAACGUGAUCCCGAGUCUACAGCUCUCUGCCCAGCCAGUCCCUUUAACGUGAUCCUGAGUCUACACCUCUCUGCCCAGCCAGUUCCGUUAACGUGAUCCCGAGUCUACACCUCUCUGCCCAGCCAGUUCCGUUAACGUGAUCCCGAGUCUACAGCUCUCUGCCCAGCCAGUUCCUUUAACGUGAUCCCGAGUCUACAGGUCUCUGCCCAGCCAGUCCCUUUAACGUGACCCCGAGUCUACAGCUCUCUGCCCAGCCAGUUCCUUUAACGUGAUCCCGAGUCUACAGCUCUCUGCCCAGCCAGUCCCUUUAACGUGAUCCCGAGUCUACACCUCUCUGCCCAGCCAGUUCCGUUAACGUGAUCCCGAGUCUACACCUCUCUGCCCAGCCAGUUCCGUUAACGUGAUCCCGAGUCUACACCUCUCUGCCCAGCCAGUUCCUUUAAUGUGAUCCCGAGUCUACAGCUCUCUGCCCAGCCAGUUCCUUUAAUGUGACCCCGAGUCUACAGCUCUCUGCCCAGCCAGUCCCUCUAACGUGACCCCGAGUCUACAGCUCUCUGCUCAGCCAGUCCCUUUAACGUGACCCCGAAUCUACAGUCCUCUGCCCAGCCUGAUUUGUUUUGGUUUUUUUUUCUGAGGUCAACCUCAACAGUAAAGACUUAAUUUAAGUGAGAGUAUUUUUGUUGGUCUCUUCCUCUGAAGGUUUUACUGAUGCCACUGAUGUAAAUAUGAGUUUUAUGAACGGUUUUCUGAUUAAAGUGACACGUUUGUCACUUGGUUCUGUUUAUUUAUAUUAAAUAUGAGUCAACGGGUCGAGAACCAAAGUGGUCCAACACUUGAAUAAAACAGUUUUCAA